UCUGCAGCUCGCUUGAUAUAUUAUACUGGAAACGAAGAUUUAGUUCGCAUAAUAGCCUUGAGAUGAUAAUCUCAUGCAGUAUUAAUAUUUUUUAUAUAGCUGCUUCUUAAUCGUGUGGUAAAUGUGAUGUCAUUUGCAUUGAGUUCAGCGGUAAUCUGUUGACUGUCUGAUCGGCUGAUCUUAAAAGGGCAACAGUUCGAGCGAGCGGGCCCCUCAAGAAACGAACGCGAGGGACUCCUUUAAGUGUGGUCUGAGUGGCACCUGUCAGCGAGAUGUCAUCCACUAAAGAAACUGUGCUGCGCCAGCGCCGGCGAGAGCUGGACGCCCGCAGGAGCAAAUCUCGCGUGCGUCUGGGCUCGUGUCUGCAGAGCUGGGCUCAACUCAAAGAUAAACUGGGCUUCUCUCUUCACUCGGAGCUUGCUCAGCAUCUGCUGGAGAGCUAUGUUUCAAGAGUUUGUAUGAAGUGUUCAGGUGAUGGGAAAGGAGAGACUGUAUCAACUACCAAGGAGUCUUUGCAGGAACUCAUCUUGAUGGUCCACAACCAUGGACAGAUGUGUCCUCUUCCUCCUGUCCUGCAGUGUAGGCCUGUCCCAAAAACAAAAACAUCAACACGAGGUCAAAGUGGAAGAAGAGAGGAGGAAACUGAGCCCAAGAAAUUAGCAGAAGCCAGCGAGUGUUUUAAAUACACCUGUGAAGAUGGACAUCAUUUUUUGUGGUGUCCUAUUGACACGGAGAAGCUGAUUUCAAAAAGUGACAGUGAUAAAAUUACAUCCAGCGCAAAGAGACUGAAACGAGACGAGAGACAGAUGAAGGAAACGAUAACAGAUACAGAAAGACAAGAAAUGAUGACUAGAUUAAAAACCAGACAGCAACAGAGAGAAAAUGCUGACAUUGACACAAAUAAAAUGCUUGGACAAAAUAAAAAUGCAGAUGUUACAGCGACUCCUGAAGCACUGCACAGAAAUGAUCUGGCAUCUGACUUUUCUUAUUCAGAGCAUGGAUCUCCAGCAGACAGUGACGAGAUGACUGUAGAUGUUCCUGUCAGGGUUCACAUUGAAAACCAAAGCCGUACUGAUAGCUAUGAAGAAGAUGCAGUGCUGAAUUUAACCAACAGAGGGGACCAGAGUAGUGCAGAUCAUACUGAGAAACGCAGCGUCAGCAAAAAGACGGGAAUACUUCAAAGUAACAGUUCACAGUCAUUGAAAAAGGAUGCGUCUCAGAUUGGUGGCAAGAGGAAAAGAAAAUUGACAUCCAAAUUGAUUUUGUCUUGUGAGUUUGAAGGCUGCGAUAAGAUUUUCUCCAGUCGACAAUAUUUAAAUCAUCACAUCAAAUAUCAGCAUCUGCAUCAGAAGACCUUCACCUGCUCACAUCCCUCCUGCAGAAAGUCCUUCAACUUUAAGAAGCAUCUGAAGGAGCAUGAAAAGUUGCACAGUAAUCAGCGAGACUAUAUCUGUGAGUUCUGUGCUCGGGCGUUUCGAACCAGCAGUAACCUGAUCAUCCACCGCAGGAUACACACCGGAGAGAAACCGCUGCAGUGUGAAGUGUGUGGCUUUACCUGUCGACAGAAAGCCUCUCUGAAUUGGCACAUGCGGAAACACAAUGCUGAGAGCACCUACCAGUUCCCUUGUGAGAUCUGCGGCCGUCGCUUUGAAAAGAGAGACAAUGUUACGGCUCACUGUAGCAAGAGUCACCCAGACUAUAAUGCAGGCUCUCUGGAAAGAUCUCUUCCCCUUCCUCCCUCUGACCUACUCCUGCAUCCCUCGAGGCACCUCGGAUCUUCCCCUUCUGUUUCCAAGAAUCAAACCACAGCAGAAUAAGAGUUGUGACAACAGUUUGAACAUUCUUGACCUCAAGCUAACUCCAAUGUGGGACUGGUUGGUAAACAAAAUCUCCAUGUGGUGCCUUAUCAAUGUUGUUAGUUCUUAAUUUGUUUUUGUUUUUUAGAUGUAAAUAUAUUUUUUUAGAUGCUGUGACCGUGGACCGUCAUCUGUGUACA